AUGCUGAUCACCGUGUGUUGUUUUCUCUCAGCCUACACUCCGGGCAAUAUCACUGUUGGCGCUGGUUUUACUUCAGCGAAAAAUGUUGGAGAUGUACAAUUACAGUUGCUUUAUCAACAACUUGACGACAGAGGUGAUGAAAUAAAUCAACAAGCUGAGACAAUAGCUGGAAAGUAUUAUGCUGCUCAGGUGAAAUCUCUACGUGAUGAAUUCAACGAAAAACAGAAGAAGUUGGAAGAAUAUAAAGAUGAAGCUCAUACUUUCAAAUUCCAAUGUGAGAAAUCACAAGAAGAGGUGAAACAGUUAGGUGAAGAAUUGGAGACAAAGACUAAACGACUAGACACAUUCGAGAGGACAGCUGAGAAACGUGAACAGGCUAAACAAGAUCUACGUGGUCUGGAAGAGACAGUCAUCAAAGAAUUACAAACACUACACAAUUUACGACGAUUAUUCAUCGAAGAUCUGAAUAGUCGAGUUAAAAAGGCUAAAUACCAGUCGAGGAAAGAUGAAGCGAAAGAAGUCCUGCAAGCCUUAGAAGAAUUAGCAAUGAAUUAUGACCAAAAGGCUCAGGAGAUUAAUGCGAAAGCGAAAGAACUUGAAGAGACUCAGGAAACCUUGCUACUACAAACCAGUUUAAUGCAUGGUAAAGACUGUGAACUGUCACAGUUGAAGGAUGCACAUGAAAAUCAGAAGAAGAAAUAUGCUGAAAUGAUGUCUAGCCUGUUGAAGGAUCUAAUUGAUGUUGGUGAAUGCUUGAAUGAUCGAAUCACGAAACCAUCCGUUGGUUCUGAACGAUUAGAUGAAGAGUUUACUGUUGUUCGUUUGUAUAUAAGUAAGUUGAAAACUGAGGCGAAAUUACUGCACUCACGUUUUGAGGUGAAAGUUGGCACCCUAAGCGAUAAAAUUGACGAGUCAGAAUCACGUAAGCGUCAAUUGCAGGAGACAGUGGAUAGCUUAAAUGCGGAGUUGGCGAAACUACGCGCUAAUGAACAAUUGAUCACCGGAUCUGGUCAACAAAAUGAACAAAUAAUAGCUGAUCAGUCAGCGUUACGAACAAAAUUAGAUGAAGAGUUUAGACGAUAAUCAGAGUAUUAUGCUGCUCAGGUGAAAUCUCUACGUGAUGAAUUAGACGAAAAACAGAAGAAGUUGGAAGAAUAUAAAGAGUAAGUUGUCUGUUUCUUGAUAGGUGUGUUGUGGAGAUGAUGAUGUGGUCCACUGACUUGAACUAGUCGAAUUUCAGCCCAUAGUCCCUCAUCUCUAUUUCCACCUGUCUAAUUGUGAGUGGUAAUUUGAGGCCUUUCUUCACCGAGUCACCGGAUUGGUGUUAGCUCAUACAACAGCCUAUCUGAGUGAAAGUUUGUUCAAAUCAGCAGCCAGCAUGUAUACUGUGAGAGCAUGUCAGUUGAAAUCUCUUAGCACGGUAGGUUGCCUUAUUUUCUGUCAGCCAGUGAACAACUGUAUGUGCACGUACAAGAUAUUGAAUGUCCACGUGUUGUAUCAUCGUCGUUAUGAACUCGGUAGUUUGAUGUUAUUGGGUUUACUUUGCUUCGAUAAUGACCAUGAUAAUGUUCAUAUAUCCGAGUGAAUAUUUUUCUUAUUGUUUGAAAGUGUACAGAAAGGUUCAGUUGAGUCUGGUUGGUUUCUCUGAGAAGAGUUAGACACAUGAGAUGAUUACAACCAAAUAUGCGAAUGUCUUUGGCGUUUUGUAUGCAUAAUUAUUUAGUUAGAGCAUUAUGCACACUAUCGCCUGGACAACAUCGUUUUUAACUAAAGACAGCACGAUUGUGAAUGUAGAUUGUGUUGGGGAAGCAGGAGAGAGUUUCCAAUACUGUGUCAACCUACUGCUGCUCAACACAUAUAUCGUAGUAGGUAGUCGAGGAAAGACUAAGGUGUGGUUGUGGGGAGCAAUAAAGAAUAACUGGUAAGAUGGAAGAUUUAACAAAUUGUAAAAGUUGAGGUUCAGUAGUUCCUCCUCAUUUCUAUUUUUACUCUCAUUUUUACAUUCACACUGAAGCUCAUACUUUCAAAUUCCAAU